AUAACAGAGGAUCCAAGAUGGCUGCCUGUCGUUGUUCAGGAGAGUUUGUUUGAUGGCGAGAAAGAUGGGCAAACCUGACGUGGAAAAAGCGAAAGUGUCCUCUAAAAUCAAGAAGGAAAAGAGUCUUUUCUCGACUAAGGUAGUGCUACGAAGGCUACCACCUUCAUUGAAAGAGGAAAAUUUGAAGGAGUGCAUGGGCUCUAUACCAGAAUAUGAUUUUUUCUAUUUUGUUGAGGGUCAGAUGAGCUUUGGUCCAGCUCUUUUUUCAAGAGCCUAUAUUAAUUUCAAAAACCCUGGUGACAUAAUUAAGUUCCGAGAUGAAUUUGAUGGCUAUGUGUUUACAGAUGAAAGAGGUCAGUCAUAUCCAGCUGUAGUUGAGUAUGCCCCAUACCAAGGAAUACCCAAGAAGAAGAGCAGAAGGGACCUAAAGUGCAGCACUAUUGAACAAGAUAAGGACUACUUGGCUUUCCUUGCAUCUCUUGAAGAAGAAGUAAAGCCUUUACCCAGCAUUGAGACUCACUUGGAGGAACUCGAAUCUCGUAAAGAAAAUGUUGAAAAGAAAAGCACACCACUUCUGGAAUACUUGAAAAUGAAGCGCAUAAAUAGAGGAGGUUCAAGACUUGGUUUAGGGAAAAAGAGACAUGAUAAGGAUGAGACACCAAAGACUUUGAAGAAGAAUGUCUCAACAAGUAAGGACACCAAGAAUGUACCAAGAGAAGAGAAAAAUAAGGAAUCGAAGAGGACGGAUAAUCGUGACUCUGGUCGUCGAGAUCAAAAUAGGAGAGACGAGAAUAAGAAACAAGGGAAGGAUAGUAAGGUCUCUUCCUCUGAUAAAGAUGGAAAACAACAAAGAUAUCCCAGAGAACGAGCAGACAAAAGCACUCCAGAUUUGUCUCGUUCAAGCAGUCGCGCCGACGACAGACGAGGGAACCGUCAAGACAGACGUGAUGGUGCGGACUCCAAAGGACGCAACGAGCGAGUCCGAAGGUAUAACGAUAAAUAUUCGGAUGCGGAUCGACGACGCGACAACCGACCGAGCAGUCACAGAGAUUCUCAGGGUUCAUUCAGAGAGGAAAAUACAGCCAAGGGCAAGGAUAAGGAAAAAGAGGAAAGCACGAAAACUAAGAAGGUUGAGGCGGAGAGAAAAGACCAGGCUCAUAGUCGCGGUGCAGCGGAGAAAACGAACCGCAAACAGGAGAAAAGAGAAAGCGAAAGAGAGAAGGAAUUGAGUCGCUUAAAGAACAAGGAUCGACCAGAUAGGGCUAUCUACCAACCACGCCCUCGACCACCUCGAUCUGAUGCGGAUCAACAAGAAAAAGCAAAGGAUACCAAGACCAGUCCUGACAAAGGAAAAGACGCUGUCCCCAAGGAGAAAGACCAGGAAAAUCCAAGGAAAGAGAGCAGGGAGCGUGACGUAAAAGACAAACCUCGUGACAGGAACCGUGACAGAGAGCGUGACAGACGUAGCGAUAGAGAGCGCGAAAAAGAUCGUGACAGGGAUCGUGAUAAGGCAGAUCGAAGGGAGCGUGAUCGUGAACGAGGAAGGAGAAAAGACCGGGAUCGGCCGCCGAAAGAACAAAAGAAUACAGCAGAAGAAGGCUCUUCAAAUAAGAACGACAGUGGUGCUGUCAAGAAGAGUUGAAAAAAAGUUCAAAAAAUGUAAACUGAAAGCCUAUUCAUUGAUUUUUGUCUCGUUAGUUUGGGUUACUGUAUAUAAAUUCUAACAGAAUAUGAAUAAAAUAAAUACAAUCAUGAUUGCUCAUG